AUGAAGAGACUGCGCAAAAACGAAGGUGUGGCCAACCGUAGGAUGAUGGUGGACAAUAAUCCGGCAGAAACCUCAAUUACUACUUUUCCUAAUAAUGUUGCUGGGCAUCGUUGGUAUGAAUGCAAGACAUGUGGAAAGAAAUUCGAUACUUUUCAAGCUCUUGGUGGACACCAGGGAACCCACAGAAAACUUAAACCCAUUGAUGAUGACGUAUGCAUGUUAAGCCUGCAAAUAGCUCCUUCUCCUAUGUUAAGGUUACAUCAAUGCAAGAUGUGCACCAAGAAGUUUGAUACUGGGCAGGCGUUGGGUGGACACAUGAGGCAGCAUAAACUUGAAAAAGAUUUGAUUUUGAUGGGCAGGGAUGAGCUGCCAUGGCGGCAAUUGGUGGCGGAGGAGAAACUUAAAAGCAAUUUGGUGGUGGAGAAUGCUAAACAACUAGGGCAGCAGAAGGUGGAGGAAGAUGAACAUGAUAGGGUGAAAACUGAGUUACUUUUGGCUGCCAAGGAGUUGCGAUUAGGUAUCUGA